AUGUGUAGUCAUAUUAGUAACAAACAAAAAAAAGAAAUAUAUGAAUUUACUAAAAAAAAUUUAUCCUAUAAAUACUAUGAGAUAGCAAAUAAAUUUAUGAAACAUUAUUUGAAUCUGAAGAUUGAUCACUUAACUAUUUCAAAAAUAUUAAAAAAGGCUGAUGAGUAUAAUCAAAUUCAGGAUGAUGAUAUCGAAGUCCAAGAUAAUAAUGAAGAUAAACUAUUAUCUAAAAAUGAUCCUAAUAACAAAAUUGAAGAACUUAGGAAGAGUCAUAAAAAAGGUCAUAAAGAAGGCCACAAGAAAGGCUACAAGGAAGGCUAUAUGGAAGGCUAUAAGAAAGGUCAUAAGAAAGGUUAUAAGAAAGGCUAUGAGAAAGACUACAGAGAAGGCUACAAGGAGGAUCCUAGAGAAUACUUAAUCGAGAUCAAUUAG